GGUGCCGAUGAGGCUUUGGAGCAGGACACCAUGAUCGUGGCGCCUACUGACGCAGAGAUCGAAGAAGAAGCGGAGAAGGCAAGGGAAGAGGAGGCAAAAAUUGAGGCCAGGAGAAAUGCAAGGAGCAGGAGGCGAAGAGGAGCGGACGACCGACAUUUCAUCGAUGAUGACGAUGAUGACGAUGACGAUGGAGAUGAAGAUCCAGAGGAAGACGAGGAAGAAAUCGCGGAGCUUCCAGUGGGUGCCAAAGUGAUGUUGAUUCUGAGCACUUUGAAGGAGCCAGACAUCGUGACGCUCUUUGCACAAUGUCUCGUGCUGCAAGCUCUCGUGUACGGGAUACACCAAGCAGACUAUACAUACACGAGAAUAGCUGCUGGACUCAUGUGCAUCACGUUCGCCCUGCUGGGCAUGGUGGGGAUGGCCAUACUGGCGAGUGGUGAGAAACUUCGAGAAAUGAUACAGGAGCAAGCGGCGCUCAUCGAGCAGACAUACGACCAGAUCAACAAGCUGAUGGUCAGCCAGAACCGUCUGCGGAUGAAGGCAAACGAUUCGGAGAUGGUCGCCGACCUCAGCAUGGUGGUUCACGAUUUGGGCCAGAUGUUCAAGGGAGAGGUCGAGGACCCUUUGGAAGCGUCUGCUGAGGAGCAGAGGGCCGCGCAGGUCCACAAGAAGCUGCUCUACUACAUCCACCGCAAGACUAGCAAGAACGACAACAGCCCCUCAAGUAUCCUCGAAUUCGAUCGCUUCAACGAUAUCAAGCAGAGCCUGACGAUCUCCCUGGGCACUCAGCAGAUGAUGAUGUGCUCAGGCAUCCCGUCGGUCAUGGCAACGGUCCAAUGCGUAAGCCACCUCGGCAAGCCUUACUGCAGCCCGGAGAUGGACACAUACAUCUCGUUCUUUCGACCAGAGGACAUUGACCCAAACAAGGAGAUACCGGACGAUGUCCGGAACAAGCUGGUCACGGAUUGGAGCAACGAGCUUGCAAUAUGGAUGAAAGAAGACUUAGGCGCCGUGGAGAUGGAACAGACUUGUACCAAGCAGGUCCGCGACCAGAUAACUCAGGUCCUCUACCAGAAUUGCGUUGGGUCGAAGACGAGGGCCAGAAUGGACGUACAGAUUCAUCGAUUGGAAAUGACCGCGAAGGGGCAGUUCGGGAUCAAGUCCCUUGAUGGCAAGUAUUGUUACGUGUCCAUCCUGAGCGAGCACGCUACCACCAUGGUCGCAUCGAAACCCCACGAAUUCCCCACCCCGUCGUUGAGUGGCUUUGGACGGCUGCGAAGGCACGAGAUAGAGGACGCCCCCCACCUGGAGUACAUGGCGACGUUCAGUCCAGACUUGGGCGGGACGAUCCACCUGGAGCUGCCCCCGAAGAUGGGAAGGUUCCGCUUCUUCGUGUGGGUCCAGGAUAACACAUCGGAAGGAUGCGUCGACGAGCUAGUCGCAUACUCCAGCCUCGUGGACUUGACAGACUGGCUGCUGCAGAACGAGGACAAGAGGUUCGCUGCGAAGAGCCGCGAGCACAACGUGCUGCUCCACACGCUGUGGACGACGAAGGGUGGCAACCUGGAGGCCUGGGCUGGCGAGGACAGCUUGGUGGACCACGUCUCUGUUGUGGAAUCGGAGUCCGAGGGCUCCAAUCCGACGGGGACGCCCGACGGGGAGCACCCAGACGACGACCCAGCGGCGCAGAGGCCCGACGGCAGGCCGCUCGAGGGCAGGCUCACGAGGCUCCUGAAGGCGUGGUGCGGGUGGGACUCGGACUCGGUCGAGGCGACGCGGGGGAACCUGGUGGUCGAGGUCAGGCCUGUCGGGCAGACGGCCCAGGACGAGGACACGUGGACGAUCAGGGCGCUGGAGACCCUGAUCGGAGGAGGCCAGAGCGUCCUGAGCCUGGCGAAGCUCGAGCGCUAUGCGGACGAGUGGCCCGAGUUCGCCAACAUGUUCAGCCUCCGCAUCGGCAAGGAUCAGUUGGAGUAUCUCGAUAAGCACCUGGUGACCAUGCAGGAGGUCAGGGACAAGAUCUGGGGCACGCCUGGAGGCGAGCCGAAAACAGAUGGAGCGAAGACGCUAGCUGAGAAGUGGGUACUUCUUGUGGAGAGCAGUAUUCGCCGUGAGCUGGCGGGGACAAAGGAGGAGCCAGGCCCAGAGAAGAUGGACGCCGCCAUCGCGCGCCUCCAGGGCAACGUAGACAGGCUGCACAAGCGUCAGAGGACAGAAGAGGCCUUCCUGAACCCGGCUCCAGAAGAGGGACAGGACCCCCCGCCGUUUGAGGCGCCCAUCGCGUCGUACGACAUUACGAUUCGCAGGGUGAGCAAGGCCCGGGACUUCCGCGUCGUCGACUUCAACAAGGCGGGGAAGGCCUUCCAGAACGAGCUCCUGGACCAGGUGCACACGUUCCAGAAGAAGCUGGUGGACGACAGGAGCCAGAUCCUGCACUAUGUUGUCCUGGGCACGCACCUCAAGCCAAACAAUAACUGGCGGCCCGAUCCGGUCCCGCCCUCCAUGGGCGUCAUCGUCACCACCCAGGUGGACGAAGUUCCGGAGGUGAUCGUGGAGAUCGGCCACGACUACCAGGCCAAGGAGGUGGUUUUCCACCAGCAGUACAUCGACGAAGGCCAGCCGAAGCUCAUCAACGGUCGACUCUGCUUCAAGGCGAACGAGCUCGUGAUCGAGGGGGCCAGCGGCUACUCCCCGAGGUCCGACUUCUCGGGAUCCGAGGACACCCCGAGGGAGUUGGAGGUGACUUACCUGUACGCGGACAGAACAGGUGAGCCCUGCCCGCUGGGCAUGGAGCCAUCCCGCGACUGCAAGUUCCUGUGGGUCAGGGACAACGCUGUGACGCCAGAUAAGAUAUCCAGAACCUGGCACCGGUACAACAAGAAGACUGCGAAGAUGCGAGCGGUCACGGCGAAGAAGGACGAAAAGAAGAAGAAGAAACGCCCCUCCAGCGCCCCCAUGCUUGAAGGGUCAGGGGUGCUCGACGACCAGAAGGCGCGCACGCCCGCGUACAGAGAGGAGGAGUUCUGGGUCGAGGACACCAGCGUGAAGGUGGGGCUGCGGCGCGCGCGCCAGCGCGGCCGCAGGGCCCGAGACGUGGACGAUGACGCGUCCGUCUCCUCCGCGGACUCGGUGGAGGAGGGCGGCAUCAGGAGCAUGAGGGCGGUCCUGAGGAUGAUCGAAGACCUCAAGGAUUUGUUCUUGACGGGUCAGCGAAAAUUCAGUGAGCCGAAGACGAAGGAUUGCAUUGUGGGCCUCGACGCAUCCUUCUUAACGCUUUCAUGGAAGGAUUUUAACAUUGAGCACCUCGUCACUUUCAGGAAGUUCCUGCUCAAGGAGUUUUCUAGUUACAAUUGCGCGUGGGAGUUCCUCACGCGGGCGUCUGAAUUGAGCAAGAAUUUAUUCACGCGUAAUUUGUCGGCGUUGCUCGAGGACACGAGGAAGAAGUUAUGGGAACUUGACGAGGCUGCUCGAUUUGCCGUCGAGGGAGAAGAUGAAGAUUCAGAAGAUGAAGAAGAAGCAGCAGAGGAUCCCCGCAUUUCACCAGAUGCGUCGGCGUCCAUGGUCAUUGGCAGUUCGUUUGGUAUAGGUUCCUUACUGACUUUGACACAGGCUGAGGCUGCAGCGGAGGUGGAGGAGUCUACCUCGAGUGCGAAAGGGGAAGACGAACACACGACCUGGACAGCCAUUGAUGACCGUUGGGAUGACAACCAAAGGCGGAUUGUGAGACAAUACUUGGAUAAAGCCCAGGCAGUGGCGGGCAGUCUGGCCGCCCAAGGGCACAAGAUUGCUAACGCUCUGGAUGACGAUGAUAGCGGCACUAUCACCAUCUUCGAGAUCGAGCCGCUCUACGAGACUGACGAGGUCCUGGAGGACGGCGAUUUGAUGCAAUUUCGGAGGUUCCUGGCCCACCAUCCCAGAUACAGGGGGCGAAAAACGGGCUUGGCAAAUUUCUGGGCCGACCUUAGCGAGGGCAUGUCUGUGGACAAGAAGCAGUUCAUCACUGCCAUCACCGAGAAGCCGAGGUACCUCAUGCACGACUUCCUGGCGGCGGCGGUGAAGGGAGGCGGAGGAGGCCAUGGCGACAGCACUGAGGUCGACGUCCACGCGGAGGCCGAGAAGCUGUGGAGCUGGCUGGACGCGCAUGAGAACGGCGAGCUCUCGAGGAACGAACUCGUCCCGAGCACUGGGGAGUCCUACGAGGCAGUCGACAAGAGCCUGCUGAAGUUUCGCGUCCCCCUGUCCCACAUCAAGGAGUUUCAGCUGCAGGGCAACAGGAAGAUCGGCGUGAUGCGGAUGCAGAUGGUGCGGGUCCUCGCCAAGCCCGAGUUCGAGAGCGUCUUGGAGGACGGCGAUGGGAAGGAUACGCCCUGGGCAGAGCUCAAGAAGUACAUCGACCCUGACUGGCGGCCGCAGCACAACAAGGAGUACCUUGAGGUCUGCAUGCACGACGCGCAGUUCGCCGUCUGGCGCUCCGUCCUGUCGGACAGCGCGAUGCUGCGCCCUCAGGAGUGGGUGCGCCACUAUCAGGGAGAGUACAAGGACCACACCAACCUCGCUGGAGUGUACAUGCGCCAUGGUUUCGGAACUCAGGCGUGGCCCAACGGGACCUACUACGUCGGGACGUGGGCUGACCACCAGUACCAUGGCAGCGGGAAGCUUUAUGGAAGCAGGAUGCAUGCUUUGCAAGGGCUUGCAGACCCCUUGUACCAGGGCCAGUGGAAACGCGGAAAGCGCAACGGCGAGGGCCUCUUGCGUUUCUAUCAGCACGCGGUAACCGACAAGAUUGGGCAUGAUGCGGAGGAGGUGGGCCGGAAGUUUGGCAUCGAGAAGACAUACGACGGACAGUUCAGGGACGAUUUGUUUUAUGGCGAGGGGUAUUUGACAUUGAAGACCCCAAUCGAAGUCUGCACGAACGAGGUAAGCAAGGAGCUUGAGAUGGCGCAUUUGGGGUACAUGCCCCUCUUCUCGGUCGACCCGUCGCAUUUGACCGACUUCCACGGCGUCUUCAAGUCCGACUACCACGACACUUUCGACUGGGCGGCGAGAAAUCACCCAAUCGCGAUGCGUACGUUCCCCACUGACGGCGACGGCAAAGUGAUCAAAGACCUCAACAUCGAGAAGCUCACCAAGCAGGACCAGAAGCAGAAGACUGAUCUCUUCACCAAGUACGUUGCCGUUGGCGACUCUGUGCUUCAGGAGUCGGGAGAGCCGAUGCCUGACCUGGCCGUCGCGGCCUACCGUAUGGUCGGCGGUGACACGCGGCAUAUAAAGCACGGCAAGGCCACGUACGUGGACGGCACCACCUACAACGGACAAUUCGACCAUGCCGUGCCACACGGCGAGGGUCUGAUGCGGCACGGGCUGGCCGAGUACAGGGGCCAGUGGUCGGAGGGGACCAUGUGUGGCGACGGCAAGUACAUCAGCUCGGACGGGAUGGUCUACAAGGGCCAGUGGGACCGCGGCGGCCGCAGCGGCGAGGGCACCCAGAGGUUGAAGCCGCGGCUGCAGAAGGAGUACGGGUACUCCAGGUACAGUGGGCAGUGGGAAAACAACGUGCGCCACGGGGAGGGCGUGAUGCUGUUCGCUGACGACACCAACAUAUCUGGAGGGGCGAGUUCGAGGACAACCUGA